UGGCCACGUCCCCGGCCACGUCGCGCCCGCUCUCGCCAUCUUCGCCGCUUCCUCUCAGGGGCCGCCGCCGCCGCCGCCGCCUGAGCCGCCGAGCCCCCGGGCGCCGCGCCGACCGCCGCCGCCGCCAUGAACAUCUUCCGGCUGACCGGGGACCUGUCCCACCUGGCGGCCAUCGUCAUCCUGCUGCUGAAGAUCUGGAAGACGCGCUCCUGCGCCGGUAUUUCCGGAAAAAGCCAGCUUCUCUUUGCACUGGUCUUCACAACUCGAUACCUGGACCUUUUUACUUCAUUCAUUUCAUUAUAUAACACAUCUAUGAAGCUUAUCUACAUUGCCUGCUCCUACGCCACAGUGUACCUGAUCUACAUGAAGUUUAAGGCAACUUACGACGGAAACCAUGAUACCUUCCGAGUGGAGUUUCUGGUGGUCCCUGUGGGAGGACUCUCAUUUCUAGUCAAUCAUGAUUUCUCUCCUCUUGAGAUUCUGUGGACCUUCUCCAUCUACCUGGAAUCGGUGGCCAUCCUUCCGCAGCUCUUCAUGAUCAGCAAGACCGGGGAGGCGGAGACCAUCACCACCCACUACCUGUUCUUCCUGGGCCUCUACCGGGCGCUCUAUCUCGUCAACUGGAUCUGGCGCUUCUACUUUGAGGGCUUCUUUGAUCUCAUCGCUGUGGUGGCCGGCGUUGUCCAGACCAUCCUCUACUGCGACUUCUUCUACUUGUACAUCACAAAAGUCCUCAAGGGAAAGAAGCUCAGUCUGCCAGCGUAAGUGCCAAAGACCAUCACCAGCAUCUGUCCUUCAGGGCGCUCGGACAGAAUUCUUACCACAGCAAAGGCACAAGAUGCUCGACACGGAAAAUCAGAAACUUCACUCUUUUGUUGCAGAUAGUCAUCAGUGGCUCUGUGAGAACCAGAGGAAAAGAACCAGGAGGUUUCUGUUUAAUGCAUCUUGCCUUAUCUUUUUUUAUUACUAUGUACAAAGAUUUUUUUACACAAAGAAACUUAAUGCUGUAUUAAUAAAUUCAGUGUGUAGCUUCUA